UCGUGUCUCCUUUGUGAUAAAGUUGAUGUUUUUGCAUAGCUUAUCUGAUUAAAUCCAUGGCUCUUUUCAUUUCUUGUGGGGAAGUUUCAUCUUCUCAAUUCACUCUACUUCGUUUUCUCAACCAAAGCCUUGAUUUUGUUAGUGACAAUGUCUCUAGAAUCUUAGCUCCUAUAUUCACCAACCUAAGGGACUUUGAAAUGCGUCUUUCUUGUAUCGAACGUCCUCUAUCCAGCUCUAGCAAUCAUUCUCAUUUGUGCACUGAGAAAUGGUUUUCUGAUCAAAAAGAUUAUGAUCAAAAGAGAGACCCGGAAGCUAUUUUCAAUGUGCUUGAUUAUAUCUUGAAAAGCAGCUUGGAUCGUCUGGCUUCGUUGAGGGAGAGUGUAUGUCAGACAAAGAAUUUUGAUUACGAUGAUUCUUUAUCUAUUCAUUCGUCUAUAAUGAGGGAUCUUUGUUUACAAGGGAAGUUGGACGCUGCUCUCUGGCUACGGGAAAAAAUGAUACGUAGUGGGUUUAUUCCAGGUUUGAUCACGCACAAUCAUCUUUUAAAUGGGUUGUGUAAAUUAGGUUAUAUCGAGAAGGCGGAUGGGCUUGUUAGAGAGAUGAGGGAGAUGGGUCCUUCUCCCAACUGUGUCUCUUAUAACACCUUAAUCAAGGGUCUGUGCAGUGUUAACAAUGUAGAUAAAGCUCUGUAUCUCUUCAGUACUCUGAAUAAAUAUGGUAUUAAGCCAAAUAGAGUGACUUGCAACAUUAUUGUGCAUGCGCUUUGCCAGAAAGGUGUUAUAGGAAACAACAACACAAAGCUUCUUGAAGAGAUUUUAGAUAGUAGCCAGGUGAACGCACCCUUGGAUAUAGUCACCUGUACCAUUCUGAUGGAUAGUUGUUUUAAGAAUGGAAAUGUUGUUCAAGCCCUUGAGGUUUGGAAGGAGAUGUCACAGAAAAAUGUCCCUACUGAUUCGGUUGUGUACAAUGUCAUUAUUCGUGGGUUGUGUUCGAGUGGAAACAUGGUUGCUGCUUAUGGGUUCAUGUGUGACAUGGUAAAGAGAGGAGUAAAUCCUGAUGUUUUCACUUACAACACUCUCAUAAGCGCAUUGUGCAAAGCGGGAAAGUUUGAUGAGGCAUGUGAUCUCCAUGGUACCAUGCAAAAUGUUGGUGUUGCUCCUGAUCAGAUCUCAUACAAAGUUAUUAUUCAAGGUCUAUGUAUACAGGGAGAUGUGGACAGGGCGAACGAGUUCCUUCUAAGCAUGCUAAAAAGGUCUCUGCUUCCAGAGGUUCUGCUGUGGAAUGUGGUUAUUGAUGGUUAUGGAAGAUAUGGCGAUACUAGCAGUGCUUUAUCUGUUCUAAAUCUAAUGCUUUCUUACGGUGUUAAACCAAAUGUUUACACAAACAAUGCUUUGAUUCAUGGGUAUGUGAAAGGAGGAAGAUUAAUUGAUGCAUGGUGGAAAACCCGAUAUGAGGAACGACAGAACCUGUUUCCAGAUAUCAAUCUUGGUGAAGUCGCAAGAAAUCACUUUGGUACAUGCGAGGAAACCUCAACUGGUAUUGCUGGAUGGUUUGGCUGUUUGGGGCGUGCACAGGGCUGUUUCUUCAAAAACUCCCAAUAUACUUUCUUGUCUGAAACAUGAAAAGCCUUUCAUUACAAUUUGCAAGAAAAAUGUGAAUAUGUU